AUGGACCUAUACCCGGUGCACCAUGGGUUCAAAGGAGACUUCAUCACGGCCGACCUAGAAGAGCUUGUGUCCUUUUUCAAGGGUAUGUGGCUAAGCUCACUAAUCUACCCGGCCUCACAAGGCUUCACCAAAAUCUCUCUCUGCUGGUUCUACAUUCGCCUCGGCCAUGUAUCCUUGACACGAGCAUGCUACUUCAUGAUAGGGCUGGUGGUGGCUCAAACUAUUGCCUUUGUGCUCGCCGCAGCAUUCCAUUGCCCACCUUCGAACUGGAGCCACAAUCCUAUCUACUUACUCUCAUGCGCAAAGGGUAUUAAGGCAUUCACACUUGCGACUGGCGCACUUAAUAUCUUGACAGAUGUAUUGACAUUUGCCCUCCCGAUUCCCGUCUUGCUUAAACUUCAGAUGCCGCUGAAGCAAAAGGCCUAUGUGAUAUUUAUUCUCUCCCUCGGAUUGAUUGCCUGCGUCGCAUCAAUUGUCCGACUUGUCUAUAGCACCAAUUUGAUGCAGUUCCCUCCGGACAUAGUUUCCGUUGCUGGAACUUUCUAUUGGACUUCCAUUGAGAUGAACGUUGCGAUUGUGGCUUCUUCGAUUCCAUCAUUUAAAGCAAUCGCCUCCCGGUACCUCCCCCGCCUUGUUGGCUACUCAUCAAGGGAGAGCCCGAUGCCCUUAGUGAGUGGAAACGCCAACGAGAAUUCUCACAUGAAGCGAUCACGACGCCCAACGCAUAGCAUCGGGGCAAGUAUUUUAUAUGAUGGAGACCGAAGCUCGAGAUUACCAACGCAAAGCCAAGAGAGGAUUCAUGUCCCGGAGAGUAUGAUUCUUACCGAAGUGACAUUUAAGCUAGAUGUGGAACGAACCCGCAAUCAUGGGUAG